CACCGGCUGCGCCCGUGGCCCCGCUACCGGCCGCGCGGCGAGGCCCGGCGCGACCUGCCCGGCGCCCACCUCGACUCCUUCAACUACGCCAUCAGCGAGGGCGUCUACCGCGCCGUGCAGGACCUCUACCCACUGGAGUUUGCUCUCAAAAGCGAUCGCAUCUUGCUAGCUAUUGUUGGAAUUUCCAUCUCUCCUCCAAUGGUGCCAAAAGGGACCAUCUGUCAGGAUAUGAAGAUUUACCCAGCAGAGUGCAGGGGCCUCCGAAGCACAUAUCGGGGGAAAAUAACUGCUGACAUCAGCUGGUCGGUGAAUGGCAUUCCACAAGGGACCAUUAAACAGCCCCUGGGGUAUAUUCCAAUCAUGGUGAAGUCUAAAUUGUGCAACCUCUAUAAUCUUUCUCCACAAGAGCUCAUCCAACACCAUGAGGAAGAGGAGGAAAUGGGAGGCUACUUUAUAAUUAAUGGCUUAGAAAAAGUUAUUAGAAUGUUGAUCAUGCCCAGGCGAAAUUUCCCUCUUGCAAUGACAAGACACAAGUGGAAAAACAGAGGCCCUGGUUUCACAGAGUAUGGAGUAGUGCUGCACUGUGUUAAGGAUGAGCACACUGCAAUAAAUAUGAACCUUCACUAUUUGGAAAACGGUUGUGUGAUGGUGAACUUCAUUUUUCAGAAAGAGUUGUUCUUCCUUCCGUUGGGGUUUGCUCUGAAGGCACUAGUUAAUUUCUCAGACUACCAGAUAUUUGAGGAGCUGGUCAAGGAGAAUGAAGGUGACACCUUUUAUGUGAACUGCAUUGCUGAAAUGAUGAGAGCAGUAGUGGAUGCGGGCUGCUUUACACAGCAGAAUGUCCUUGAAUACCUGGGAAAGAGCUUCAGAGUAAAACUUAACCUUCCUGAGUGGUACAGCAACAAAGAGGCUGCCGAUUUCAUUUUGAACAAGUGUAUCUGCAUACACUUGACAAACAGAACUGAAAAGUUCUACCUGCUUUGUAUGAUGACUCGGAAGCUGUAUGCCUUUGCCAAAGGGAAGUGUAUGGAAGAUAAUCCAGACAGUCUGAUGAAUCAAGAAGUGCUUACCCCAGGACAGCUUUUCCUUAUGUUCUUAAAGGAGAGGCUUGAAGGCUGGUUGCAUUCUGUUAAAUUUGUUUUGGAGAAGAGAACAGAAAAGGCAGACAUCAGUAUAAACUCAGACAGCUUAAUGAAGGCAUUCGGACUGGCAACAGACUUUACCAAGCCAUUUGAAUAUCUGCUUGCGACUGGUAACCUGCGAUCUAAAACCGGCCUAGGCAUGCUGCAGGACACCGGUCUGUGUGUGGUGGGAGACAAGCUGAAUUUUGUUCGCUACCUUUCCCACUUCCGCUGUAUACACAGGGGGUCAGCGUUUUCCCAGAUGAGAACUACGACUGUACGCAAACUUCUGCCUGAAUCCUGGGGGUUCCUGUGCCCUGUGGACACCCCAGAUGGAGAGCCCUGUGGUCUGAUGAACCACAUGACGGCUGUGUGCGAAAUAGUGACAGAGAUGGUGUCUGUGACAGACCUUCCACCUUUGAUAUGUUCCCUAGGUGUCACUCCCAUUGAUGGGACUCCAAGCAGGCCUUAUGCAGAGUGUUACAGAGUUGUGUUGGACGGUUCUGUGGUGGGCUGGGUGGAGCAGGAGCUGGCUCCGCAGAUUGCAGAAACUCUCCGGCGUUUCAAGAUAACACAAGAGAAGAGAUUUCCUGCACGGGCAGAAGUGGUCCUUAUCCCCAUGACAGGAAAACCUAGUCUAUACCCUGGGUUGUUCAUUUUUACUACUCCUUGCCGGAUGGUGCGGCCUGUCAGAAAUCUGUUCUAUGGAAGGAAAGAAUGGAUUGGUACCCUGGAACAGAUCUCCAUGAACAUUGCCACCCUGGAGUCAGAGGUUGUGCCUGGAGUGACUACUCACCAGGAGCUCUUCCCUCACAGCAUCCUGAGUGUGGUGGCCAACCUCAUCCCCUUCUCCGAUCACAACCAAAGUCCGCGAAACAUGUACCAGUGCCAGAUGGGAAAGCAAACCAUGGGGUUUCCAGUUUAUAACUACAAGGACCGCUCAGAUAACAAGCUGUACCACCUUCAUACCCCCCAGAGCCCCCUGGUGAGGCCCAGCAUGUAUGAUUACUAUGAUAUGGACAGCUAUCCGAUUGGUACCAAUUCAAUUGUGGCUGUCAUCUCCUACAGUGGCUACGACAUGGAGGAUGCUAUGAUUGUGAACAAAUCUUCUUGGGAGAGAGGGUUUGCCUAUGGAAGCGUUAUCAAAGUGGAGAGCAUUGACCUUUCCCUUAGAGCCAACAGGGGAGGCGACACCUUAGUAUUUGGUAUCAAGCCUGGUGACGCGAACCUUACAGAGAAGUUAGAUGCUGAUGGACUACCUUUUGUCGGCUCCAUCCUGCAGCCAGGGGAUCCGUUCUACAGCUUCAUGAACCUCAGCACAGGGGAGACCUUCACCGUGUACUAUCAGAAUAAAGAAAUCGGCAUUGUAGACAACAUCAGGCUGUGCAGUAAUGACCGUGGCACUGGCAAAUUCAAGAAGGCUUGCAUCACUGUCAGAGUUCCCCGAAAUCCAACUGUGGGAGACAAGUUUGCCAGCCGCCAUGGACAGAAAGGCAUCCUAAGCCAGCUCUGGCCAGUUGAGGACAUGCCGUUCACGGAGAACGGGAUGGUUCCAGACAUCCUCUUCAACCCUCACGGGUUUCCCUCCCGUAUGACCAUUGGGAUGUUAAUCGAGAGCAUGGCAGGGAAGUCCGCAGCGCUGCAUGGGGUCUGCUAUGACGCCACUCCCUUCACCUUCACAGAGAAGAACUCCGCUCUGAAAUACUUCGGUGAGACAUUACUGGCUGCAGGUUAUAACUUCUUUGGGACUGAGAAGAUGUACAGCGGAGUCAGCGGCCUGGAGCUGGAGGCAGAGAUCUUUGUGGGAGUCGUGUACUACCAACGCCUGCGCCACAUGGUCUCAGAUAAAUUCCAGGUGAGGACUACAGGGCCCCGAGACAGCGUCACCAACCAGCCUGUGAAGGGGAGGAAUGUGGAAGGUGGCAUUCGCUUUGGUGAGAUGGAGCGUGACGCUUUGUUAGCUCACGGCACAUCUUUCUUGCUGCAAGACCGCCUGUUCAACUGCUCCGAUGGCUCCGUAGCCUAUGUCUGCACAAGCUGUGGAAGUAUGACAUCCCCUCUGCUGGAGCAGCCUCCGCCUUCGUCCUCUGUGGCAAGCAACAGAAGAUACUCGUGUUCUGUCUGCAGCGAGGCUGAUGCCAUCGAGGUCGUCCCUGUGCCGCACGUCUUCCGCUACUUUGUGGCCGAGUUGGCAGCCAUGAACAUAAAAACAACGCUCAACGUGGAGUAGCUCCGUUGUCAGGCACAGUGAUUCCACUGCUGGCAGAGAGGGAGCGCCCGCUACACACAUCCUGCGUUUUCUCCUUAAGGGUUUCAAGUGUUAAGUUGGUUCUCAGGUUCUUCAGACAGUUGUGAGAUUAGUUUAAUAUUUGUAUUGGGAUGGGGCAAUCUGCUAAGCUGCGUUGCAAAGAACUGCAGCGCUGUGGAAGUUCGUUUGCACUUGGUAAAGGAUCACUGGUUACUGGGAUGUGGAGUAUGGAAACCAAGUGGUACCGCUGCUCCCACGAGGCUGCUGGGUUGAAAGCAGUGGGGGUUCUCCAUUCACUGGCUGCAGCUGUGAAGAUGAACAGGUCGUAAAACAGCAUGAAGUGAAUGCUGGAAAGGAACCAAAGAAGAUAUUUUUGUUGCUUUUUAAAUAGAGGGGGAAAAAAAACUUUGCAAAACGUAUGCCUUAAUGAUGGUUGCAUGCUAAAGUGAUUGGACCUGUUUUUCUUUUUUUGUUGUUGGUGGUUUUUUUUAUUUCAUUGCAUAUGCCUUGAAACUCAAGAAGAAGGGUGCUCAGCUGCAGUGCCGAAAGUUGCAGCAUCGAGGGUAAGACAAACCAAGAUCAUUGAGCCAAGGCUGUCCCAGGCGCAUUUUGACACCAUCAAGCUUAGCGUUGCACUGCUUUGCGGUCGUCGUCAUGUCGGGCUGAAGAGGAAAGCAGGUGCCUUCUCAGCAGCUCUUGGGCGCCGCUCGCGCACCGGCGUCCAUGCCCCAGGACAGGAAAUCGCAUCCAGCGGAAGCUUUGCCUUAAUGCUCGGCGCGCGAGCGGGCCGUGGGGGCUGCCGGCCGGGGCUGGCAGCCUUGUUCCGCUCUCCCCGGCAGCACUCCUGGCUGCUGCCCCGUGCCUGCGGGCUUGGUGCAAGCGCGCGGAAGGGACGUUUUGUACCUCUUGUUCAGAGACGUUUUAUAUGUUUCUUAAAAAAAAAUAACCCAAAA